UUCGAGUUGAUCCGAGUUGUUCCAGGUUCAGAACGACGUGAUCUCUCGUCUUGUGUAGUUCGUACAAUCCUUUGUAUCACAAAAUAUAUUUAAAAAAAAAAAAAAAGUUUAAUUUACCGGUUAACUUACAAUAUUGUUUUUUUUUUUGUUGAUAAAAAAAAUUUAAUAUUGUCAAAUUAAUUAUUAUUAAUUAAUAUUAAUUUUUAAAAAAAUAAAACCGGUUAGUCUUCCGGUAAAUUCAGCGAGAAAGCAAGAGAAGAAAGCGAGUGAAAGAAAAGGAAAGAGCGUGUGCGUCGCUGUGGAGUAUUUUACCUAAAAACGCAGUAAAUUAAAAAAUAUAAAAAAACAAAACAUAAACAGACACAACACAAAACACGCACACAAAUAAUUCAAGUUUUAUUUAAAAAAAAAUUAAAUAAUUGAAGAGAAAAUAUAUAUUAGUGUAUAACAAAAAAAGUGUAUUAAUAAAAAAAAUAAAAAUAAAACACUAUCAAUAUAUUCAAGGUCAUUUGAAUAUCUGUUUAUAAUUAUAUUUAAAGUUGAUAAAUAAAUAAAUAUUAAAAUGGCUGAAGAGAAAAAUGAAGUUAGCCCAACAAUUGAGGGUGAAAAUAAGCAACAAGAGCCAACAACACCAACUAAAAAUGAUACAAAUGAUACAACAACAACAUUAACAACAACAACCAAGGACAACAAGGAGAUUGAGGAUAAAAAAGUUGAGGAAAAUGGUGAUGAGAAGCCAAAGGAGAAUGGCGAUGAGAAGCAAACACCCGAACCGAAGGACAUGCGUGCAAUCGUUCUUAAUAAUUUUGGUGGACUUAAGAGUCUCAAGGCCCAAAGAAAACCAGAACCAACAAUUGCCGAGGGUGAAGUUCUCAUCAGGGUCAAAGCAUGUGGAUUGAAUUUCCAAGAUAUGAUGAUAAGACGUGGUGCAGGAGAAGCACUACCAAAACCACCAUUUAUCAUGGGAUCUGAAUGUGCUGGUGAAAUUGAAGCUGUUGGUGAAGGUGUUGAAAAUUUCUCGAUUGGUGAUCGAGUUGUUGCAAUGCCAGAUUGCAAAGGUUGGGCUGAAUUAAUUGCAUUACCAGCAACACACGUUUUCAAAUUACCGGAUAACAUGAGUUAUCUUGAUGCUGCAGCAAUAACUACAAAUUACACAAUUGCUUAUGUUUUACUCUUUGAAGUAGCAUGUUUAACUCCUGGUAAAAGUUUACUUGUCCACAGUGCUGGUGGUGGUGUAGGCCAGGCAAUAAUUCAACUUGCCCAAACUGUCAAAGACGUGACAGUAUUUGGUGUCAGUGGUAAAGCUAAACAUGAAGAACUCAAGUCUCAAAAUACAAUUCAUCAUUUGUUGGAGCGUGGUUCUGAUUAUCCAAGUGAAGUUAGAAAGAUAUCACCAGAGGGUGUAGAUAUUGUUCUUGAUUGUUUGUAUGGUGAUGAAUGCAAUAAGGGAUAUAACCUGUUGAAACCAAUGGGAAAAUAUAUUCUUUAUGGAUCAAACAAUCUUGUAACUGGUGAAACAAGAAGCUACUUCUCAGCUGCUCGUGCUUGGUGGCAAGUUGAUAAAGUUUCACCCCUUAAAGUUUUUGAAGAAAACAAAACAAUUUCUGGUUUUAAUUUACGUCAUUUGAUGCAUCAACAAGGUGGUCAUGCAUUUGUCGCAAGAGCAGUUGAUCAAGUAUUCAAAUUAUGGAAUGAUGGUCAUAUUAAACCAAAAAUUGAUUCAAUAUGGGCACUUGAAGAUGUUCCAGAAGCAAUGCAAAAAAUGCAAGAACGUAAAAAUAUAGGUAAAAUUUUACUUGAUCCAAGCUUGGAACAAAAACCAAAACCAGCAACUCCAGCAAAGAGCAAAGGAAAGGAUAAAAAAAAUGCAAAUCAAGAAGAAAAAAAAGCAGCAACAACUGAGUCUGAAGAUAAUGACAAAAAAAAAGAAUCUGAAUUGACCAAUGGUACAUCUGAAGAUAAAUGCGAUAAUGAUGCCAAGGAAAAAGAAUCCAGCUGAAUCAUUAAAACAUAAUUAAUGUAACAAGAUGACAACAUCAAUCCCCCAGAGCCAGAGGUGGAGAAAUUUAAAUUAAAAAAAUAAAAAAUAAACAUUUAAUAUUAUCGUAAAAUUUCAUAUGCAAACAAAUGUACACACUAUACAACAUUUUUUUUUUCAAUACAUACACAUAAAAAAAAAAUAAUAAUAAUAUUGCACGUCUCAGGACAGUAUCUUUUAUUAAUUUAAUGUCCUUUUAUAAUAAGCAUCAAUAAAUUUUGAAAGUUAAUAUAUAUUUUGUAUCAUUUCAGGAUAAAUUUUUUUUAUUUUAAUUUACAUUGUUUAUUAUUAUUAUUAAUAAUAAACAAUUAGCUUUAAUUUAUAAAUUUAAUUUUUCUUCAUAUUAUUUUUCUAUUUUAAUUGAUAAUUACUUUGAAAGUUUUAAUAAAAACAUGAAAAUUUGAGAAAAAUAAAAUUAACAAUUUAACGGAUUUAUUGACGUACCUUUGUGCUCUGGUAUUUUAAAUAAAUAAUCAAUGCAUUUAAAACAGGUUAAUAGAAAUGGAACGAAUAUAAAAUUUAACGAAAUAAAACGUUAAUCAAAAUAAUAAUAAUAAUCAAGUAAAAAUAUAUCAAUUGUAAAGUGGUCCACACAGUAGUUUGCAGUAAAAAAUAAAAAACAAUUUUAUUUUUAAUACCUGUGCAAUCAAGAUAUUAUCAAGAUAAUUUUGCAUCAUAAAUUUUUUAACAAAAAUAUCUAUAAUGAAAAUAAAAAUAAAUAUUCUUUUUGAUAAAAAAAAAAAAAAAAAUAAAUACAUUAAGUAAUUAAAUUAAAUGAAAAAUAUUUAGGAUAAUUUCCUAGUAUUUACAACAAUUUUCAUGGUAUUGUUGCUUUUUUUAAUUUUUUUUUUUUGAUUAAUUAUUAAUUUAUUGCCACUACUGUGCAUAUUAAACACCUCAAAUAUUGCUGGAUUAUUUCUAAACAAAUCGCAAGAGCGUAAUAUUAUUUAUUUAAUUAAUAAAAUAAUGAUUAAUCAACAUCUACAUAGUAAAUCUAAAAUGCGAUGUGAUA